UUUGUUCUUCCUGUUCUCUUUUGCUGUGUUGCAUUUACAUCAGAUUAGAACACGGAAGCAACGGUUCCUCCGAAUCAUUUGCCUAUCCCAAAAAGUAUUCAGACAGGUACUGUGGGCCGAGUAGGGGCCCCAGGCGUGGAGUCCCAGGAUCCGAGUGUCCAUUUGAUCAAGGAGAGAUGAGUAAAGGAAAAACCAAAGGGCAGGAGAACAUGCCCAGUUCUCUCCUCAGCAGCCAGGAGAAUGAAUGCCUGCUGGAGCUGCUGGGAAGGCGAUGUGUGAGCACGGCCACAGCGGUUGUUCAGUUGUACAUGGCUCUUCCUCACAGUCCAACCCAAUGGAGUCUCCAACAUACAGGAGUCGUAUGUUUCAUUAAGGACAACCCUAAACGGUCAUAUUACAUCCGGCUCUAUGACAUAAAGGAAGGCAAAAUGGUCUGGGAGCAGGAGCUAUAUAAUCAGAUGACAUAUUCCUGUCCAUUGAGGUUCUUCCACAGUUUUGCAGCUGAUGACUGUCAAGUAGGUUUGAACUUUGCCAGUGAGACAGAAGCUGAUGUGUUCAGAAACGUCACUGAGGAGAAGAUUAAUCAGAGAUUCAACCGCCAGGAAAAGCGACAGCAUGCUCCAUCUGAAGAAAAACAGCCACUACAACAAAUCCCUCCAGCAAAUGGUCCAGUUUCACAGCCCAGUUUAAUGACCACGGUGGACAUCCAGAACCCAGAUAUCGUUGCAUCAAGGUACCGCUCUCCCCCAGUGCCGAUCCCCGCACCAGCUUCAGUCUCCAUAUUAAGCAAAAAAGACAAAAAGGGAAAGAAGAAAGGCCCAAGGCUCACGAAGGCAGAUAUUGGAGCACCUAGUGGAUUCAAACACGUCACUCAUAUUGGGUGGGAUCCAAACUCUGGUUUUGAUACCAACAAUCUCGACCCUGACCUGAAGAAACUGUUCAACAGUGCUGGCAUCAGUGAUGCCCAGCUGGCAGAUAAAGAAACAUCUAAACUAAUCUAUGACUUCAUCGAGCAAUCUGGAGGGUUGGAUGCAGUAAAAGAGGAAAUGAGGAAACAGGACCCAGGAGGUCCUCAUUCUGCCCCUGCACCUCCUCCACCCCGUGGUGGGCUUCCCCCAGUGCCAGGCCCACCCGGACGCCCUCCACCACCUGCGCGCAGUCCUGGACCUCCCCAUCGCGGUCCACCGCCACCUGGAGGCCGUUCUGGGCCUCCACCCCCACUGCCAUCCUCUCUUCCGCCGCCACCACCCAGCCACAGUCACAAGCCAUCUCCUCCACCUAUGGGUGGAGGUGCACCACCUCCACCUCCGCCCCCACCACCUCCUCCACCACCACCUUCUUCAGCCGCUAACUUACCCAGUAGCCCUGCCAGCUCAGCUCCACCUCCUCCUUCUCCCUCUGGUGGUGGAGGACGAGGAACUUUACUGGAGGAAAUUCGUCGUGGGCGUGUGCUAAAGAAUGUGCCUGACUCCCCAGACUCUAAUCCAGUUCAAGAUGAGUCCUCACAGGGAAUUGUGGGAGCUCUGAUGAUGGUGAUGCAGAAAAGGAGUAAAGUUAUCCAUUCCUCAGAUGAUGAUGAUGAUGAUGGUUGUGAUGAAGAUGAAGAGGAUGACUGGGACAACUAAUGCUUCUCUCUACUCUUGGUUCACACACUUCAACCAUUUCUGACGCUCAGUGGAAAUCUUUUAUUUCAGAUUAAAGUCGCACUAAAUGAUAGAGGAUCUACUGGAUAUCAAAUAAAGCAAACUAAACUCCGAUAAUGACUAACGUUAGAUUUCAAGCCCAUUUUGCAGUUUGUCUCACUUGUUUCAAAGACUGUUCUGUCUUCUUUGUGCAGCUGUAGUUCAAUGCGAGUACAUUCAGGAAGUAGAAACUUCAGUUGAGCCAAACCAAGAGUGGUGUUAGAUUUCAUCCAAACAGUCGGACCGCCAAGCUUAACCACAGCUUUAUGUUGGAUAUUUCCUUCUGUUUGUGCAUAGUUUUAACUCAACAACUGUCUAAAAAAUCUCUCUCCCUCAACCACAAACCCAGUAAUGUUAUUCUUGUCAAGGUAAGAUAUAUUAGGUUUUGUAAGGCUGCGUAGGAUAUAUCACCACCCCCUACAGGACUAAUGUGGAAGUACAAGAAACAACAGUUUAAAAAGUAAUGUUUUAAAAACAUGUUUGCAAUAUAAUGACAAUAAGCAUAAUGUACAGUAUUGUAUAUGAUAUACUGUACAUAUAAUAUGCUUUUUAAAACAGGUCUUAGACAAAAAAACACUGAUCUGCAUCUUGAGACAAAACAAUAGAAGACAUAUUUUAAAAUAAGUCUUUCAGUUAAACCACGCAUUUUAGUCCAGGACUAUAGGCUUAAGCAUUGUCUGUGAAACCGGGGGUUAAUUAUACUCAUAUAAAAUUAAAACAUGUCAGGUGUUCAGACAGAAAAAAACUGGAUAAAAACAAAAAAAAAACAGCAGUUUAUUGUUAUUGCUUUAAAAAACACCUAGUAGGACUCCCAAGCCCCAGAAUACCAUGAUAAUACAAUAAUAUUUAUCACAAAAAAAUCACAUUAACAUGAAUCUACACAAACAUCUGUAAAUACAAAGAGGAAAUAUUCAGGAAGCAACCAUAUUUAGGAAGUUUCUUUUUAGUUCAACAGCCAACACCAAAAGAAAGACACAACAGGACAAAGAAAGUCUAUGUGGCAUUUAAGUUCCCGCAGAGACAGACUCCGUUGUCAUUCUGCACAAUAACAUCUCUGUGGAGAGGAAAGUAUUGUGGUUUGGACUUUAAAGUUUGUUCUCCACCCUUCAAGACCAGAUAACAUGAAUGGGGUUAAAACCACGGAGCACUUUCAUUAUAAAUAUACCACUAACACCCAAAAGAAGAGAAAGAGAGUCUCUUAUCCUUUAAAACAUUCUGACAUUAACGGGCCAGACAAAGUAGA